AUGGUCCUGGCACGAACUCUCCGCCCCGCGGCGCGGGUGGCACGCCUCCUCGAGCAUGCGACAACGAGACCGAUCAUCCCCUCACCUUUCCUCCGCCGGCGUGUCCUGCCUUCGACCUCCGCUAGUGUUCAUACCACCUCUCCAAAGACCCAAGAAGCCGCGGCCCUGCGCCAGGAACCACAGGUCGAAGUGGCUGCAACGAUACCCGACCCCACGCUGCGGAUAGACCCGAAGGCGCAAGCAGAACUAGAGGUGGUUGAAGUUGCUAUUCUACCGAGUCGCCAGGAGCUUCUUAUCACCGGUCAAUCUGAUGGCCAAAAGCAUACGAAACACAUAGACGUGGCUUGGCUCCGAGACCGUUGUGGCUGCCCGCACUGCGUCAGCCCUUCCUCGGGCAACAAGUCCUUCUCCACCGCCGAAAUCCCAAGCGGAAUUGCCUUCGAGGGCGCAAAGGAGAUGCCAAAUGGCUCCUAUGAGAUCCGCUGGACAAACGACAUCCCGCGAGCUGCCGACGUUGGCCACGUUUCCGUCUUUCCCGCCACCGGCCCCCAGAGUCUGGCGGGGUUGUUGACCGAACGGCCAGUCCUUUUCUUCCAUCAUACCAGUGUGAAAAAGGCCCAGAGAUAUAUGUGGAAUAAGGAAACCCUUCUUGAUAAGCUUGAGAGGAUCGACUAUAAAGACUACAUGGAGGGAGGCCCCGCUUUCAGGUCAACCGCCCUUUCGCUCGCCAAGAUUGGGCUCGUUUUCCUCACCAAUGUGCCUCAAACCGAAAAGGCCGUAGCUGAUAUAGCUCUGAAAUUCGGCGCCGUCAAGGAGACAUUUUAUGGCCACACCUGGGACGUCAUCUCUAAACCGGAUGCUGAAAACGUUGCCUACACCUCCUCUUACCUAGGCCUACACUCGGACAUGCUCUAUCUCGACUCGCCGCCUCGCAUCCAGCUCCUCCAUUGCUUGGAGAACUCGUGCUCAGGGGGUGAGUCCAUUUUCAGCGACGCCCUACACGCCGCCACCUGGCUCGAAAGAUUCCAACCCGAGUCCUACUCUGCAUUGGCCAAAUACCCGGUUCCCUAUCACUAUGCCAAGAAUGGUUUCUUCUACCGCCAAGCUCGGCCCGUCAUCGCUGAUAAAAUUGGAGAAGACCGCGAGGUCUGGUGGUCCCCGCCUUUCCAGGCGCCUCUCCCAGGCACGCCCGAUAAAGCAAGCUCUGAAACUUGGCAAGCCUGGAUCAAGGGAGCGCGGAUAUUCCAAGAAACCCUGGAGCAAGAAGACAAUAUGUACCAGCACAGGCUCCAACCGGGCGAGUGCGUGCUAUUCGAUAACCGACGCGUCCUCCACGGUCGCCGUGCAUUCGACACGGCAAGCGGGCGCCGCUGGCUGAAGGGUACAUAUGUCGCCGAUGAAGAUUUCAAAAGUGCCCUACGGCCGUUCCUCGAACCCAUCUGA